GAACAUUUGGAGUCGUCUCACUCCGUCUCUUGUCCUCCCGCUCAUGUUUGAUGACCUGUUUCCACUGUGAUCCUUUAAAACUGAAUCAAAUCUGAGUAAAUGUCCUCCAGGCUCUUUGUUGGAGGAAGAAGAAAAAGGUUCGAGAUAAGAAGAAUGAAAUCUGCAGAGUGUUGCUGAUCAGUUGUCCUGCUGAAAGACAUCGUUUACUGACGAGCUCUGCGGCUGUAAUUAUCUGUGACUAAUCCUCCAAUUAACCGCUGAGAGAUACCCGCCGUCGGCGCCGAUGGAUCCCGUCGUCGUGGUCGUCAUUAGCAGAGCUCUGUGUUGUCUGGACUCUCUCUAUGAAACCGUUUAUUUUAGUCUCUGACAGUUUGGUGGUUCUGAGUCCACGCGCUGACUCCCACUCCAGAGUCCUGAAGAUCAGGACCAUCCAGUCCUGGUUUUGGUCCUGGUCCCUUUAGUACAGAGACUUCUGUAGACGAUGAUCCACUCAGGAACCUUAUUCUGAAACUGUUCGCUCACGCGCUCUCUCACAGCGUCCUGAACCUCUGAGAGACUCCGCCUCCCUGAAGGAUCUCAAACUCGUCUCCAAUCGGUGUUUUUGUUGUUUUCUGUUUCAGGUCCUGCAGCUGGGCUCGGACAUCCUGCCGCAGUACAAACAGGAAACGCCGAAGACGCCGCCUCACAUCAUUCUGCAUUACUGCCUCUUUAAGACCACGUGGGACUGGGUCAUCCUCAUUCUGACCUUCUACACCGCCAUCAUGGUCCCGUACAACGUCUCCUUCAAAACGAAGCAGAACAACGUCACCUGGCUGGUGGUGGACAGCAUCGUGGACGUCAUCUUCUUAGUCGACAUCGUCCUCAACUUCCACACCACCUUCGUGGGUCCAGCCGGGGAGGUCAUCUCGGACCCCAAACUCAUCCGCAUGAACUACGUCAAGACCUGGUUUGUCAUCGACCUGCUGUCCUGCCUGCCGUACGACGUCAUCAACGCCUUUGAGAACGUCGACGAGGUCAGUGGACUUCCUGUUUGUAACCUACAAAAUAAAAGUCUCCAAAAACAAAGUUAAAGUUCAGAACAUGGCAGCAGUGGAGCGAAGGAGAGAAUCCCAUCAGAGGAAAUGCAUGAUGGGAGAACAGGAGACAUUCGCUUUUCAGGUCACAGUGAAGUAGGGCCGGGCGAUAAAACGUUAACGAUUUAAUUAAUUAAUUUCCCUCAAUAUCGAUAUCAAACAUGAUCAAUAUCCUUUUCAAUAGUCGUCAUUCUGACAUGUUUUGGUCGACUAUACGAACAGCCAAUGAAAAGGGGAGUGUCUCCGGGUCUGAACCAAUCAUGUUCUGAAUUAGAACCAAGUAUCAACCAACUGCAGCGUCGUAGCAGACAGCAGCUCCACCCAACCAUAGCACUUUAACAGGUGAAGCCGACAGCACUGUUGGUGAGAAACAAAGAAAAUGAGUGCUACCCCCGACAGAAAUGACCAUGAAGGCUCAACAGAUGACCACAUCAAUGUCAACCACAACACUGGCGUUAGGAAAACGUCGGUGGUGUGGAGGUAUUUUGGUUUUUGGAGGUCGGACAUGAAGCAGAGUAAUGUGGACUGUAAAUUAUGUCGAGUACAUGUUCUCACAAAGUCGGGGAAUACCUCAAAUCUUUUUCACCACCUGAAGCAGCGCCACGCCGCAGAGCACGCGCAACGCAAAAGGUUACAAACCCCGAGAGGAGCGAGGAGCCCAUGGCGCCUGAAACAGACGACCAUUCAGUCGUCUUUCUCUAGAGCGACGCCUUACGACAAAACGCCAAAGAGACACAAAGACCUCACAGAUGCAGGAUAUUAUUGUGUUGGAAAAGACAUGAGACCAAGAAACACUGUUAGAUUUUUAGAUCCUGAUAUUGAUCGAUGAUCGAUCGAUGAUCAGCUGAUAGGAAAGAAAUAUAUCCUGAUAAUCUUUAUUUACGUAUCGAUCAGCCCUACUCUGAACCCAGGAUAACAGUCUCUGUGGAUGACAGAUGUCGCUCUCCAACCAAAGUGGAUUCUGGGUGUUUUGGCAGCGGUCCUGGUCUUUUGGACCUUGAUGGUUCUGGUUCUUCCCCGGAUGUCCUGGAAGUAUCAGGGCUGAGAGGGUCUCUGGACUCACGGAGGGUUCUGGUCUUCAGUUUCCCAGCAGCUGCUUUCAGUUUGAUCAUUACACUGAAUUUAAAACCAGCUGCUGUGUGUGUGAGUGUGUGAGUGAGUGUGUGUGUGUGUGUGUGUGUGUGUGUGUGUGUGAGUGUGUGUGUGUGUGAGUGUGUGUCUGUGUGUGUGUGAGCGUGAGUGUGAGUGUGUGUGUGAGUGAGUGUGAGUGUGUGUGUGAGUGUGUGUGAGUGUGUGUGUGUGAGUGUGUGUGUGUGUGAGUGAGUGUGUGUCUGUGUGUAUGUGAGUGUGAGUGUGUGAGUGUGUGUGUGAGUGUGUGUGAGUGUGUGUGAGUGUGAGUGUGAGUGUGUGUGUGAGUGUGUGUGUGAGUGUGUGUGUGUGUCUGUCUGUGAGUGUGUGUGUGUGUCUGUCUGUGAGCGUGAGUGUGAGUGUGAGUGUGUGUGUGUGAGUGUGUGUGUGUGUGUGUGUGUGUGAGUGAGUGUGAGUGUGUGUGUGAGUGUGUGUGAGUGUGUGUGUGUGAGUGUGUGUGUGUGUGUGUGUGUGUGUGUGUCUGUCUGUGAGUGUGUGUGUGUGAGUGUGUGUGAGUGUGUGUGUGUCUGUGUGUAUGUGAGUGUGAGUGUGUGAGUGUGUGUGUGAGUGUGUGUGAGUGUGUGUGAGUGUGAGUGUGAGUGUGUGUGUGAGUGUGUGUGUGUGUGUGUGUGUGUGUGUGUGAGUGUGAGUGUAUGUGUGUGUGUGUGUCUGUGAGUGUGUGUGUCUGAGUGUGUGUGUGUGAGUGUGUGUGUCUGUGUGUGUGUGUCUGUGUGUGUGUGUGGGUGUGUGUGUGUCUAUGUGUGUGUGUGUGUGUGUGUCUGAGUGUGUGUGUGUGUGUGCGUGUGUGUGUGUGUGUGUGUGUCUGUGUGUGUGUGUGUGUGUGUGUGUGUCUAUGUGUGUGUGUGUGUGUGUGUGUGUGUGUGUCCACUCAUAUGCCCCCCCCCUCCAUAAUCAGGAUGAUGGCGUGGACUGUUGACUGUUCUACGUUCGUCUAAAGAGCGCUCCUCCUCGGCGUGGAGGACUUCCUCCAGCAGCAGAGGUCCAGAAGGUCGGGAUGGUUCUGGUUCUGAUCCGCUGACGUGUUGAAAAUAUCAAACCUCCAUGAACAAGAAGAAAACCUUCAUCCUGCUGGACUCACUCAGGGUCCAGGGGGGUCCUCUUUGAAACGGUUUAUGACCAGCUGAGACCCGGUCCUCUCCCCCCACCGUGUCUGCUCAGUUCUGUCGUUCUGUGACGAUCGUUUAACUCGAACAUCAGGGCGAGUUUUGGAGGGAAACAAACACUCGGAUCUGGAUCAGUCAGAAGACGCUCUGGAGUCAAAAGUGAAAACUGUCCCGCUGAAGCGAGUCAGAGCGAGUCUCAGAGAGGGGAACGCAGACCGCUGAGCUCGGAGAGGGUUUUUCAGAGGACACGGCCGCUCGGGGUCGUCACAUGAGACACACAAACGAAUGAAACCAGAGGCGCCGCUGAAGCCAGGCCGGUCAGCGCCAACUGGCCUCAGAACCUGCCCUUCCACAGGGGAGCGUGCAGAUCAGUGACGUCAUAUGAAGCCGUGGAGCACGACAGCUAAACGCCACGGAUGGACGGACGGACGGACGGACGGACGGACGGACAGACGCUGAUGUCAGAGUUUCUUUUGUUUGAAUCUAAAGAUAAAAAAAACUGACGUGAAUAAAAUAAAACCUCAAAGUCUGAUCUUCAGAUGAUCAAUUCAGUCUGAAACACAAAGGAGGAGGAGGAGGAGAAGAUAGGAGAGGAGGGAGGGUGAGAGAGGAGGAGAGAGGGGGAGAGAGGGAGAGAGAGGAGGAGAGAGGGGGAGAGAGAGGAGGAGGAGGAGGAGAGAGGAGGAGGAGAGAGGGGGGAGAGAGAGGAGGAGGAGGGUGAGAGAGAGGAGGAGGAGGAGAGGGGAGGAGGAGGAAACAGGUUGUUCUUGUGUUUUUUCUCCUGCUGACCGUCUGCGGAGGCGGAGCCUCUGAAAAGGCUCGUACUGUUAUAAAGGGGGCGGGGCUUCAAUACUGUGACCUGGUGUUUCUAAAAUGUCGUCUAAACUCUCAACAGGAAGCAGGAGAGGAGGCGGCAUUAUGUUGGCGUCGUCAUUGUGUUUGAGGUCAGGUGACAUCGGCGUCUCUUCCCGUUUAGAAUCACCGUCUUUGUCUCAUCAGAGCUCGCCGUGUCUCAGUCGUGAGACGUCUGCGUCGUGAUCGGAGGAAACAAAGAAAUAAUGACGCCCGCCGUGUUUCUGUGAGGAGGAGGAGGAGGAAAACAGCGUCGCCGUGGUCGUGGAGUGGAGAUGAAGGGCCGCAGAUUAAAUCUCGCACUUCAGCCCAUCAGGAUGAAAUCAAGCGUGAGCCUCCCUCUGGUCACCACUAAAGGCAGCUGAUGGAGGAGCAGUGCAUUGUGGGAGAUUUCUGCGUGAGGAGACUGUGCUGUUGAUUGGAGAAAGUGAAGAGGCGGUUAGAGAGGAGAGGAAGAGUUCAUCCAUGUUUCAUGUUUGAUUCAUGAUUCAGAUGUUUUUAUUCAUAUUUCAUGUUUGACGCUGGAGUCACACGUCAUCCAGAGUGACUCUUCAGGCUGAUGGAGGAGAUGAGGUCAGGGAGGUGGAGGGUGGAGGGGGUCCAGUUCAGCAGGCAGAGGACCACGUCGCUGCUUUUUGCAGAUGAUGUGGUUCUUCUAUCUUUGUGGAGCAGUGACCUUCAGCUCUUGUUGGGGCGGUUCACGGCUGGGACGUGAAUCAGAACCUCCAGGUCCGAGGUCAUGGUCCUCAGUCUGAGAAAGGUAGAUCACCUUCUCCAGGUCAGAGGGGCGGUCCUGUCUCAGGAGGAGGAGUUCAAGUAUCUCAGGAUCUUGUUCAGGAGUGAGGGUAGGAUGGAGCAGGAGAUCGACAGGCGGAUCAGAGCGGCGUCAGCAGUGAUGCGGACGUUUAACAGAUCAGUGGUGGUGAAGAAAGAGCUGAGCCGUAAGGAGAGACUCUGGAUUUACCGGUCGAUCUACGUGCCGAUCCUCACCUAUGGUCAUGAACUUUGGGUAAUGAGCGAAAGAACAAGAUCGCAGAUACAAGCGGCUGAAAUGGGUUUCCUCCUCAGGGUGUCCGGGCUCAGCCUUAGAGAUAGGGGAAGGAGCUCGGACACUCGGGAGGAGCUCAGAGGAGAACUGCUGCUCCUCCACGUCCAGAGGAGUCAGCUGAGGUGACUCGGGCAUCUGGUUAGGACGCCUUCUGGACGCCUCCGUUAGAGGUGUUCCAGACAUGUCCCACCGGGAGGAGACCUCGUGGUCGGCCCAGGACCAGGUGGAGGGAUUAUAUCUCUGGCCUGGUCUGGGAGAGCCUGGGAAUCCCCCCAAAGGAGGAGGAGCUGGUGGGAGUGGCCGGGGUGAGGGCCGUCUGGGCUUCUCUCCUGAAGCUGCUGCCCCCGCGACCCGGACCAGGAUGAAGCGGAAGAAAAUGACGACAAAAGUCCGACUGCAGAGACGGUUUUAUUUCAGGUCGUUUCUCCUCAAAGUUCUUCUCGUCUCAAACUGACGGAAACUUUUCCUCGAUGAACUUUUAGGAACUUCAGGGACGAGCGUCGAGUCGAGGUUUCACUGUGUCGUCAUUUUAAGGAGCUGAUUCAGAGGUGUGUGUGUGUGUGUGCGUGCGUGCGUGCGUGUGUGUGUGUGUGUGUGUGUGUGUGUGUGUGUGUGUGUAUCCUGACAUGUUCUCUGUGUUUGAUCAAUUAAAAACAUUUACAAAAUAAAAGCAUCAAUAAAAGUUUCCCCUCGGCACAAACAGUUUUCAGUACAAAGAUCAGACCUUCAAAAUAAAAGUCUUGUAUUGGUGAUGCUUUUAUUUUGAAGUUUUAAAACAGUCUUCUUCCUCCUCCUCAGGGGAUCAGCAGCCUCUUCAGCUCCCUCAAAGUCGUCCGUCUGCUGCGUCUGGGCCGAGUCGCCCGGAAACUGGACCAUUACAUCGAGUACGGCGCGGCGGUGCUGGUCUUACUGGUGUGCGUGUUCGGGCUGGCGGCGCACUGGCUGGCGUGUAUCUGGUACAGCAUCGGGGACUACGAGGUGAUCGACGAGGACACCAACACGGUGAGGAUGGACAGCUGGCUGUUUCUGCUCGGGCAGACGGUGGGGACGCCGUACAGGUUCAACGCCUCGGGUUCGGGCCGCUGGGAGGGCGGGCCCAGCAAAGACUCGGUCUACAUCACCUCGCUGUACUUCACCAUGACCAGUCUGACCAGUAUCGGCUUCGGGAACAUCGCACCCAACACGGACGGGGAGAAGAUCUUCGCCGUGGCCAUGAUGAUGAUCGGAUGUGAGUCGUUAUCAGAGAGUGUGUGUGUGUGUGUGUGUGUGUGCGCCGUUGAUCCGUGUGACCUUCAUCCUCUGCAGAGGUCACUGGGUAUUUGGCGCUGUAAUUUGAGGACCGUGGUGAACCGAGUCAGCCUCUAAAGGAACAGUCGGAAGAGAAACGCUUCAGUGUUCACGAUCAGAGUCUCCAGACGAGUUCUGGAAACACGGGUCGGUCUGAAAGCUCCACUAUGAUCCAAAGAUGUAGCUGAGAAUGGUGGUUCUGGUUCUGGUUCUGGAGGAGAGAUGCUGAAGUUUCACAGCUGGACUGAAACAGAAACAGAAACACAGUCCAGCACAUCUUUGUCAAACUGGUCCCUGUGAGGUUCUCCUGGUCUGUACGCCAAUGAUCCAGAGCGGAUCGACCUUCCUGAGGGUUUGACAAUAACACCGGGAGGAGAUGGAGUUCAGGGACAGACCUCCACCCUGGGUCUGAGCCCGGUCGGUUCAGCAGAGGUCUGGUCUGUGUGAUCCAGACACACGGAGACAGUCUCCCCAGCAGCAGCUGUUUCCUGGUGGAUCUGAUGAGUCCUGACAUGUUUCGGUCUGGUGUGGCUGAAAUAUUAACCGUACUGUCAGAUCGGCUGUCUGCUUCAGUCUGCACACACACACACACACACACACACACACACACACACACACACACACCAGCCAGACGCUCAGCAGGACGCCUGAUUCAGCCUGCCUGACUGACUGAUCCUGCAGCAGCUCCGAUAUUUCAGCUCCAGAGUCUGAGCCGCGGAGCGAACGCAGGACUGUGGUGUUAAAGGAGCUGUCAGCUGUCAGCAGCUUUAGCAGCUGCACUACACACACACACACACACACACACACACACUCACACACACACGCACUCACACACACACGCACUCAGAGGAAAUGGAGGUGCUGGUGGUGGUUUCAUAACGGCGCCCGGUCUGUCAGAGCGGAUUUUAAUUCUCGGUGUGUUUGAUGGUUCUCAGAGGAGCGUCCGUGUUCUGUCUCCUCUGAACAGGAAGUGAUGUAAACGAGGAGACUCGGGGGGGUGGAGGCGAUCUCUGGGAGGAGGACUCACUGUCGGUGCAGGUAGUGGACGUGUCGAGACAGGCGCGUCUCUUUCUUGUCUCAGUGGACGUAGAAGUUCAUGCUGUAAAUGAAUCAGUACGUUUACAUUAGGGCCGACCCAGAUGGAUUAUUGGGGGGAUCAAUAACUGAUUAAUUAGUUAUUAAGACAUACUGUAGAGACAGUAAAUAUAUGUAUUUAUUUUUCAUACUGUAGGUUACUGCUCUUUACGCCGACAGGAAGACCGACUGAUCGAACUCCAGAAAAGCGUUUUAACGACCGAAUCUUAUUCUCCGUAUUUUAUUCCUGAAAAAAUCUGAGAAAAGUUUUGGCGGAUUACCGAUCAGUCUCAAACGAGCUAAAAUCGGCCGAUUUAAUCGUCUCGCCGAUAAAUCGGUUGGGCUCUAGUUUACAGUCUCAGUUUAAUCAGACUAAACUCAUAAUUCGUCUUUCUCUCUGAAUCCGACUUCUCUCCUCGUCCUCGUUUACAUGCAGCUGAGAAAACUGAAUUAUUGACGUGAACGUGUCCUCCUCCUCAACACUAGGGGGCGAUAUGGGUCUUUUCAGCGGCGCUGUUUCCGACCCCAUCCAACCGUCAACAACAACAGCAGGUCGGUGUCAGACGUCAGAAGUGUCUACAACUGCUGCUGGGCAUUUUGGAGAAACAAGAAGAUGGAGCAUCGUACAGCGUUGUUUUUGUCCGACAUGAUGGACGCGCUACUUUUUCUAAAGAGGAGACCAACGCUACUCCUCUACUCUGGGGGUUUGUUACGGGGUUAGGGGGGCGUGGCCUCUAACCGAUCAUACUCCGACUACGCUGGUUACAUGGUAGAGAAAAUCGGAUUCCAAUCACCUCAAACUCUGGUUACAGUCGGACUAAGGUGUUUCCAUGCUCUGUUUCACUUCCUGUCGGUAAGUGCGGCGCUCUGCUGCUCUGAUGGCGUGUCCCUCUGGGGCUCCUGUAGAGCCUCUGUGCUGAGGGCGCAGUGCACUCUGGGUAAACCUUUUAGCUUCCUUCAGUGUUUCCUCUGAAUCUGAAUGAGGAGCUGAAUAUUGGAUUACACACUCACUCACACACACACACACACACACACACACACACUCACACACACACACACACCCACACACACACACAGACACACACACACUCACUGAGGGGCUGGUGUUGAAGCUGUUGCCAUGGCAGCAAGCAUCCUGGAUUGAGAUGGAGGUCUGGACCGUUAACUCACUGAGUUCUGAUGUUCAGGGUGAGACCAGGAUGGACUCUGAGAGAAAAACCAGAGAGACUGGACCGGACCAGAACCCACAACACCACCCCUCAGUCUGAUUCAGACUCUGGUUCUGGUUCUGGCUGUGAGGUCUCAGGAACAGAACCGGUGCUGAAACAAACCCGGGUCUAAAAGUUCUGGUUAAAGAGAGGACCUGGAUCACAGUCUUUUUUGUGUGUUUUUGUGUUGUUUUUGUGUUGUUGUGUUGUUUUUGUGUUGUAUCUCGUCCUGUCGCCAUGACAACCUUCCACAGAGUCACCUCUGAUUCAGCACAUCCUCUAACAGAAUGCUGUUCACUUCCUGUCUCCAGCGCUGCUGUACGCCACCAUCUUUGGUAACGUCACCACCAUCUUCCAGCAGAUGUACGCCAACACCAACCGCUACCACGAAAUGCUCAACAGCGUGCGAGACUUCCUGAAGCUCUACCAGGUCCCCAAAGGUCUGAGCGAGCGUGUCAUGGACUACAUCGUGUCCACCUGGUCCAUGUCCAGAGGCAUCGACACAGAAAAGGUAACCAGCCGUCCACUCAGGGUGUCAGAAAGCCGAAGACUACUGUGACCUCUGUAUGACCUCUGUGUGACCUUUGUGUGACCUCUGCAGGUGCUGCAGAUCUGUCCAAAGGACAUGCGUGCAGAUAUCUGUGUCCACCUGAACAGGAAGGUGUUUAAGGAGCACCCGGCGUUCAGAUUGGCGAGUGACGGCUGCCUUCGAGCGCUCGCCAUGGAGUUCCAGACGGUCCACAGUGCGCCGGGCGACCUCAUUUUCCACGCUGGUGAGAGCGUGGACAGCCUCUGCUUCGUGGUGUCGGGGUCACUGGAGGUCAUCCAGGAUGACGAGGUGGUGGCCAUUUUAGGUGAGAGUUUCUGAUUCAUUCGCUGGUGUUUGGGAUAAUCAAUCGAUCGAUCAAUCUUUGAUUCUGAACGUCAGAAUAAAAUGUUUAUGUGUUUAAAACUAACUGCAGGUGUAAGAGUGACUUUAGGUGUAAGAGUGACUUUAACUUCCCGUGUAAGAGUGACUUUAGGUGUAAGAGUGACUUUAGGUGUAAGAGUGACUUUAGCUCCAGGUGUAAGAGUGACUUUAGGUGUGAGAGUGACUUUAGCUCCAGGUGUAAGAAUGACUUUAGGUGUAAGAGUGACUUCAGGUGUAAGAGUGACUUUAGGUGUGAGAGUGACUUUAGGUGUGAGAGUGACUUUAGCUCCAGGUGUAAGAAUGACUUUAGGUGUAAGAGUGACUUCAGGUGUAAGAGUGACUUUAGCUCCAGGUGUAAGAGUGACUUUAGGUGUAAGAGUGACUCCAGGUGUAAGAGUGACUUUAGGUGUAAGAGUGACUUUAGGUGUAAGAGUGACUUCAGGUGUAAGAGUGACUUCAGGUGUAAGAGUGACUAGCCAGGUGUAAGAGUGACUUCAGGUGUAAGAGUGACUUUAGGUGUAAGAGUGACUUCAGGUGUAAGAGUGACUUUAGGUGUAAGAGUGACUUUAGGUGUAAGAGUGACUUCAGGUGUAAGAGUGACUUUAGGUGUAAGAGUGACUUUAGCUCCAGGUGUAAGAGUGACUUUAGGUGUAAGAGUGACUUUAGGUGUAAGAGUGACUUUAGGUGUAAGAGUGACUUUAGGUGUAAGAGUGACUUUAGGUGUAAGAGUGACUUUAGGUGUGAGAGUGACUUUAGGUGUAAGAGUGACUUUAGGUGUAAGAGUGACUUUAGGUGUAAGAGUGACUUUAGGUGUAAGAGUGACUUUAGGUGUAAGAGUGACUUUAGGUGUAAGAGUGACUUUAGGUGUAAGAGUGACUUUAGGUGUAAGAGUGACUUUAGGUGUGAGAGUGACUUCAGGUGUAAGAGUGACUUUAGGUGUGAAAGUGACUGUAGGUGUAAGAGUGACUUUAGGUGUGAGAGUGACUUUAGGUGUAAGAGUGACUUUAGGUGUGAGAAUGACUUAAGGUGUGAGAGUGACUUUAGCUCCAGGUGUAAGAGUGACUUUAGGUGUGAGAGUGACUUUAGGUGUAAGAGUGACUUUAGGUGUAAGAGUGACUUUAGCUCCAGGUGUAAGAGUGACUUUAGGUGUAAGAGUGACUCCAGGUGUGAGAGUGACUUUAGGUGUAAGAGUGACUCCAGGUGUGAGAGUGACUUUAGGUGUAAGAGUGACUUCAGGUGUGAGAGUGACUGUAGGUGUAAGAGUGACUUUAGCUCCAGGUGUAAGAGUGACUUUAGCUCCAGGUGUAAGAGUGACUUUAGGUGUAAGAGUGACUUUAGGUGUGAGAGUGACUUCAGGUGUUAGAGUGACUUUAUCUCUGAAUGUCUCAGAAGUCUCGUCUCGUUUUGAGGCUUCCGCUCCUUCCUUAGCUCGUUCGGAGAAGCUGUGAUUCUCAGCUUUGUUUCAUCUCUGCUGAAGGUGCUUCAGGAUGAUGUUGUGUAUCUUCACGUCAAACAAACAGCAGAAGGUUCCUCUUUGUGUUUCUCCUUUCUCCAAACAUUCAGAUGGAGUCUCCUCUUUAAAAACACGCAGGAUUAAAUCUGCAGAGUCUUCUGGGUUUGGGUCUGUUCAGACUCUCUCAGGUUAUUAAAGCUCCUUCAGCAGAAACACACGUCAAAUGUCAAAAGCAGGAUUAAAAUGUGUUUUUCUUCCUCCUCCUCCUCCUCCUCCUCCUCCUCCUCAGUGCGGAGGAAACACCUGAGCUGAGAAACCAAAACACUGCAGAGGAUCAGAGCACAAAGACGCUCAGCUGCUUCCUCUGCACUCACAACAGGAACAUGUCUGCUAUUUCCGUCAGAGUGCGUAGGACUGAAGCUCCAGGGCUCUCAUUAGCAAAGCAGCACUUCAGUGCAGGAAGACUUUUGUUGGUUUGUCUCUCUGUGAGCCUCUGAUGAUGCUGCUGAUGGAGGGGAGCGCUCACACGUCGGGGUGGGCGGGCGAGGCUGACUGAACAGCUGUCAGAGUCUUUCUAACUCUCGCUCUCUGAGCUCUUAAACUGUUUGCUGAAAUUAUCCACUUUUCUUUUCUGCUGAGUGAGCGCAGAGGCUGAGGGAAGGUCUCAAAAGAAACCCUGAGUCACACAUCAUCAUCAUCAUCAUCAUCAUCAUCAUCAUCAGGGAAGAAGAAGAAGAAGACAUCAAGAACUCUCCACCUGGUCCCUCCAGGUCGGUCUGUCACAGUGAAAUAAAGACGAAUCUUCUGGCCCCUCAGGAAAACCAUGACCAUCUCUGAUUCAGGAACAAGUCAGUAACAGGGUCACUUUGACUUUAAAAUCCACUCACUUCGUGAGACAGACCCCUCAGUGGGUCAGGGAUCAGACUAAAGAAGUUCUCAGAGGGUAGAACCUGCAUCCCCGAUGGUCUGAGGUAGGGCUGGGCGAUAAAAGUUUAUCACGAUGUAAAAAAAAUCAUGUCAAUCGUAAAUGUCCAACACAAGAAUCUCCUGCAUCUGUGAGGUCUUUGUGUCUCUUUGGCGUUUUGUCGUAAGGCGUCGCUCUAGAGAAAGCCGACUGAAUGGUCGUCUGUUUCAGGCGCCAUGGGCUCCUCGCUCCUCUCGGGGUUUGUAACCUUUUGCGUUUUGGGUAUCUUCCUCAUCUGUGAAGGCUCCAUUAAUGCUGAACAAGAUCUUCAGGUUUAGGAAGGACCUUCAUAUGAACCCAAACCACAUUCUGACAACAGCAGGGUUCUGUAGGAGAAGAGACCUGCUGAGAUCCUGGACUGAUGCGGUCCUGACUGGACCCUGAACCCUGAACCCUGACCCGCUGAGAGAACCCAAAUGUUGUGAAGAAAGUGUUUGUUUGUUUCUGCCUGUUUCUGGUCCAGACUUUGAGGCUGAGACUCUGAGAGGAACUGAGAUGUGUCGCCUGUUUCUGGGCUUCAGGGGUGAGGUUUUACGGUUUGAUGGUCUGAAGGUCGGACUGCAGCUUCACUUCCUCUCUGGAUAAAUAUUUAGACUUUCCCUCCACAUCGAUCUGAAACUUUCUUCGCUGAACUCCUCCUCCUCCUGCAGUUUCACAUCAUUUUAAAGUGCGCUCACCUCGGCCUCACUUCCUCCUCUCACAUUCAGACUGAUGUUCUGUCGCUGCAGCUGCUCCCUCUCGGUGUGUUUGCGGAGCUCUGCUGCUGCUCCAUCAACGACACAUUCAUCAUCCUGGAGGUCUGAGCGUUUACAGGAGACUGAAGACACUCCGACAUCCAUCUGAUCCUUUUUUAGAACAGCUGGAGGAACAUCAGCCGCUCUGAACACCACAGAACUUCCCUGAGAUUUUAACUAUAAUAACAAUAAUAAUAAGAUUUCAUGUAGUGCUUCAUCAGAGACCCUCAAAGUGCUUUACAUGACCUUCUUUAGCAGCAGAUAGAGGCUCCGUUUUAACUACAGCUGAUCAUGUUAUUUUAAUUGAACGUCUUAAAAAGUGGGCGGGUCUCAGGGGCGCUGCUCUUGGCUGGUUUCACUCGUGUCUUUUAGAGCGAACCUUUGCGGUCACCAUCGGCAACCACACCUCCUCUACCUCUGCUGUCGCCUGUGGUGUACCGCAAGGUUCAGUUUUAGGUCCAAUUUUAUUUUCUAUCUACAUGCUGCCCCUCGGCCAAUGAAUUCAGCGCCACCUAGUCUCCUUUCACUGCUAUGCAGACGACACACAGAUAAACCUUUGAGACCCGAGGACCCAAGAGGCCGAGCUGACGGUCGAAGUGACGUUAUUGUUGGAUGGAACAAAAUUUCCUUCAGAUAAAUGAUUGAAAAUCUGAUAUUAUUCUCUGUCACAUACUAAACUCCGCCCUCAUACAGUCUCCACAUUCAGUAAUCAUCAAACCAACAGACAGAAAUCUGGAAGGAGUCAGAACUUUUACCACCUUAUAAGUCGACUCGCAGCCUCAGAUCCUCUGGCGAGGGUCUCCUGGUCGUUCCAAAGUCGAGGCUCAAAACUGAAGCCGAUCGAUCUUUGUCCAUCAGAGCUCCUCGACUUUGGAACGACCUUCAGAGGAGAGAAGGCGACCAGCAGAGACAGACGCGUCUUUAACUCAAAGUUAUCUUAUGUUAUGAUGUUCCAGGUUAUUAUGAUUAUUAUAAAAUUUACGUCUGUAACCUGUGGUUGUCUGAUUUCGUUUACAGGUAAAGGUGACGUGUUCGGCGACGUGUUCUGGAAGGAGAUGACGCUGGCUCAGUCGUGCGCUAACGUCCGGGCGCUGACGUACUGUGACCUCCACAUCAUCAAACGAGACGGGCUGCAGAAAGUUCUGGAGUUUUACUCGGCCUUCUCCAACCACUUUGCCAGAAACCUGGUGCUGACCUACAACCUGAGGAAGAGGGUGAGUCACUGGAAAUCCUCCACGAUUGUUUUUUUUUUUUCAGAGAGCGAUCGGAGGAACGGGGGCGCUCUGAGCGUCUAUAAACAGAACCAGCAGCAUGGGAGGAUCAGGACCGUGUUUACUCAAGACUUUACAUAAGCGUCUUUGUUCUCGGCUCGGCCUCCUCCUCCUCCUCCACACAGCAGCAGGUCUGCUGUCAGGUGAACAGUGUGGAGGAGGACCAUGACGGAGCUGCGCCGCACUCACACCUUCACGCUCAGUUUCACCCUGAAAACACACAAACAGCCCAGGACUGAGAGGAGGUCUAAACUUUAACAGGGUCAAGCUGAAGGAGGUCCUACUUGAAAAACCGGGGACCCCUCCUACACCACUGAGGGACACUGAGACUCCUGUCUCAGUCCUCCCACCGUGGGAUGAAGAAAGGAAUCUAUCUGAAAAACCAAAGCACCACAGUUUGAUCCAGAUGAAACCGCUCCAGCAGGACCGAUGGAGUCCUGGACCUCUGACAGGCUGAUUUAAUAAAACCCACACUGGAUAACUGGAUCAGUGAUCCAGGAUCACAGAUCCAGACUUCCUGUCCAUGUUGGAGAGAUGUUAAUCUCCUUCCUGUGUCCUCGCUCACGCCGUCUACAGCGAGUCUUUGUGGUUCUAGACAAACAGACGUCUGAAUGAUCCUCUAUGAGCUGAUCUGGGUCAAAACAAAACCUCAUACCGAACUAGACUGGACCAGUUCUUCACGGAAUAACAGGGUGAUUAAAGGGUUAAAAACAGGAUUAUUAGAGAGUUAAUAAAGAGUUAUUAACAGGGUUAAAAAGAGUUAAUAAAGAGUUAAUCAAAGGUCAUUAAGGGGUUAUUAUAGUGAAUAAAGGGGUUAAUAACAGUUUUAUUAUUGAGUUGAUAAAGGAUUAUUAAGCCGUUACUUAAGAGUAAU